AUGUUCAAAAUAUUGCACCAGAAUCUGUUCCAUAAAAAUAUAUAUCAAAUAGUAAGUCCUUUUUGUCAUGAAAGGAGUGUAAGGGUUUUUCCCUUUAGUAGCAAAGCGUGUAAUAAUUUAAAAAUAGAAGAGGACUAUUUUUACGUUAAUCCAUUGAGAAAACUCAGCUGUGUCGGAUGUGGAGAAUUCCUACAAUCAACGAAUGAGAGGAAAACAGGUUUUGUUCCUUUUAAUGUUUAUGAAAAAUAUAGUAAUGGAAGAUUAAAAUUUUACACAAAAGUAAAAGGUGAAGAAGUGAGUUCUGUACCAGAUGGUAUAAAAGUUGAUGUAAAUAAUUUUUAUAAUUUUAAAGUAAAAACCAAAAUUAUUUUGUGCAAAAGAUGCUAUAGGUUACAACAUUACAAAUGUGCCGAUACAAAAUGUGAGGUAGAUAUUAACAGAAUCGAAAAUAUUAUAAAAUGUAGGAAGCAACUGCAGGAUCAUAUGAAGAACUGGGAAGAAAAAAAAGUUAAUAACAAGGAUAAAGAAAAUAAAGGUAACACAUAUAACAAACAUAAUAUAGUUGACAUAAAUAAUACACAUUGUAUAAAUGGUUUACAUAGCUUCAAUAAAUUGCAAGACCAACAUAGUGUACAUAGCAUAAAAUCAGCUAGCAUAUUAGAAAGAGAAGAUAACAAUGCAGAAGAAUAUAAUGAAAAAAGGCUUAAAAUCCCAAAUGGUAAUCCUGUUAACACACUAAAUGAUGGCAAAAUAUGCAAAAAGGAGGAAGACAAAGCUCAGAACAAGGGCGCACUUGUGCAAAUACUUGCAAAUAAUAUAAAAAAUUUAUCUUUUAUUAAAAGGAAAAUGAUAAAAUCUUUUGAUAAUCAUUUUAAGAAAAAAAAGCAGAAACAACAAUAUAAACAAUGUAAAGAUAUAGCUUCAAUAAGUUUUGAAAAUGAGGAUAGGCUGAAUUGUACAAAUGAAAUUGAUUUUACUAAUACGGAAAUGCGCAAAAAAGGUAAUCAUAUUUUGAACAUAAAAUGCAGGAAAACGGAAGGCAUAAGUGAAGGAAUCAUGCAGGAAAAAAUCGGCAACGAGAAAGAAGCAAGAGUAGCAGCAAAUAUGAUAUCAAGCGUAACCGCUGGUGCAUCUGCUGGUAUAGCUGCUGAUAUAGCAGUUGAUAUAGCCUCUGAAGUAGCCCCUGGAGAGGGGGAGUACUAUCAGGACGUCUCGUACAAUAUCGACAAAAGAAGCAUCAACAUUUAUGAAAAAAAGGACAUACUGAAAAAAAGAAAUGAUAUGAAAAAAUUAGAAGUCGAAAAGAUGGAAGUGAGCACAGCCAAAUAUGUGGAAGGAGAUCGAAAUCAUAUUAUGAACAAUUUAAUUAAAAAAAUGAAAAGAAAAUCUUUAGUCUUAUAUUUAAUUGAUAUAACGAAUAUUGAAAAUACUAUACUCCCAGAACUUUAUAUAGGUUGCAAAAAUAAAGAUAUAAAUAUCAUUUGGCUAGUAAAUAAAGUAGAUUGUUUACCGAAGUCAACGAAUCUAGAAAUAGUUAAAAUAUGGUUCCGUAAUUUAGUAAGACAAAUAAAAAAUUCACAUAUAAAUGAUUUAAUAUUUAUAUCAGCAUUAAAAUUUUAUAAUUUUGACAUGUUAGAAGAACGCAUGAAAUACUAUGUUGAUUUGGAAAAAGGUACAGAUAUAUAUAUAGUAGGAUGUGUAAAUGUUGGUAAGUCUUCUUUCAUUAAUUCCUUUCUUAAAUAUAUUAAUUAUAAGCAUAUAGGAGAUAUAUACAACAAAAGAAAGAAAGGUGGGGUUACAACUUCAAAUAUUCCAUAUACAACCUUAAAUUAUAAUGUAUUUCGAUUAAAAAAAAAUAUAAAUAUUAUUGACACAGUUGGUAUACCCACCAAAUAUCAGUAUUCCUCUAUCUUAUAUAGAGAUAUUGAUCUUAAUAGUAUAAGUAUAAACAAACUCAUUCAACCAUUUACAUACAAGUUAAAAGAUGAUUCGUCGGUAAUUAUAGGUUCUUUAUGUUAUGUCAAUUUAAUUUAUGGUAAUUUUGCCUUGUUAACAUUUUAUAUGUCAAAUAGAGUUACUAUCCACAUGUGUAAGACAGCAAAAGUUGAAAAUUUUUUAGAAAAAAAAAAAUGCUCUUUUCUUUAUCCGCCUCAUAUAAAUGCAGAUUUUGAUUUAUUAAAACCAUUUGUUAAACAUACAGUUAAGGUUUAUGGAAAAGAUUUUGAAAGUCUAGAUGACAUUGUUAUUUCAGAUCUAUGUUGGUUUUCAGUAACUGGAAGAGGAGUAAAGAUACUUGAAAUAUUCGCUCCAAAAAAUAUCAAAAUUUAUAGGAGACCAUCAAUGAUUAAUGAUGCAGUUAAACAUACACAGGUAGAUGUAUUUAAAUAUAAAUCGUAUAGAGGCAGAACAGCUAAGGUUUUAAAAAAAAAGAAAAAGUUAAUCGAAGAUUUGGAUAGAUUAUAUCCAAAUAGAAGGCAAGAAAUAAAAAACAUUACUUUGCAGGGUGAAAAUGCUCAACUAGAGGGUUUAAAAAACUUCAUGUACGUAGGUGGUGCGGACACUGGGAAUGCAGUUUCCACAUCCUCCUCUGCUUCUACAUCCUCCUCUGCUUCUACAUCCUCCUCUGCUUCUACAUCCUCCUCUGCUUCUACAUCCUCCUCUGCUUCUACAUCCACCUCUGCUUCCAUCAUCUCUGAUAAACUUGACAUAGAAAGCAUUGUACAUUAUUUGUGA